AUGCCCUCCAUGUGGCUAUCAGACUCCCAGAAGAUAGGAGUAGCCUUCUGCUCCGGCGGUGGCUUCUUCCUGAUAGGAGGAGUGAUGCUCUUCUUUGACCGGGCCAUGCUUGCGAUGGGAAAUAUCCUCUUCCUCAUAGGACUCACCAUAAUCAUCGGGCCGCAGAAGACGCUGCUCUUCUUUGCGAGGAAGCAAAAGGCAAAGGGCACGGCGGCGUUCUUUGGUGGGCUGGCCCUUAUAUUGCUGCGGUGGCCCCUGAUCGGGUUCUGCGUCGAGCUGUACGGCAUCAUGGUGUUAUUCGGGGACUUCUUCGGUACGAUCGCCGCCUUUGCGAGGAGCGCGCCCAUCGUGGGGCCGUACAUCGGGCUCGUCAUAGACCGGCUCGGGAUGGGUGGCAGGCGAAACGCGGAGCUGCCGGUCUGA